AGUAAACGAUGCUGUUUGGAAAAAUUUCCUGGCAGUUAUGUGGCUUAAAGAAACUCCCACGGUCAUGUGACACCAGAUACUUCUGGGGCUGGUUGAAUGCAGUGUUUAAUAAAGUAGACUAUGAACGCAUCAGGGAGGCUGGCCCUGAAAGGGCGGCCUCCGAGUGGCUGCUUCGCUGUGGGGCCAUGGUGCGCUACCAUGGCCAGGAGAGGUGGCAGAAGGACUACAACAACCUCCCAACGGGCCCUCUGGACAAAUACAAGAUCCAGGCCAUUGAUGCCACUGACUCUUGUAUCAUGAAUAUUGGAUUUGAUUACAUGGAGGGCCUAAAGCAUGUUGAAAAAAUAAGGCUUUGCAAGUGCCAUUACAUCGAGGAUGGCUGUUUGGAGAGAAUUGGUCAAUUUGAAAAUUUACAAAAAAGUUUGUUGGAAAUGGAAAUAAUUUCAUGUGGGAAUGUCACAGACAAAGGCAUCAUUGCUUUGCGUCACUUAAGAAACCUCAAGUAUUUGUUUUUAUGUGAUCUUCCUGGAAUAAGAAAUAAAGAAAACCUUGUCCAAGCCUUUAAGACAACACUACCUUCUCUGGAACUAAAAUUAGACUUGAAGUGAAAAUAAUAAUAAUAAAAAAUAAGUGCCUUAUUCAAUAUAAA